AUGUCUGCAUCAGAGCUGGGCGAUACUACCGUAAAGGGUUCUGAAAGUCUGUUGCGAGAUGAUCCACCAUCAUCAUUAUUAGCACUUGACGUGCACGUCGAACAACCACAAGUCGAGUCUGAAACGUCGAGAAGCUCUCGGAAUCUCACUAGAAGCAGCUCAUCGGAUGGCGUAUUAGCGUCGAGAAUGGUGUUCCAACAAAGAACGUCACCUCCUCCAGCUAGAACAUCGUCUCUUGCUCAACCUGCAUACACAUUAGCAAACCGAUCUGUCCCAUUCUUGCCAUCGUCAAAGCAAUCAGACCCUCAAGACGAUAUAACAGCUUUACAAUCACCAGCAUCGGGCCUAGAUAUUCCAGGACUAGCUCCUGAAUCCACAUCCGAAGAGGAUGACGACGACGAAUGUCAAUUUGUCGAUCUAGAUCUCUCGAACGAUAAUGAAGAGGACGAUGAUCUGCAGGUGUGGCCGCAUGGUGCCGCGAGGACCUCGAACGAGAUAACUAGCAAUACAACGAAUCCGCAGGCGGAUAAUGUAGUAGUGAAUGGUACAAAAAUACCAUCGCCGAUAAACACUACGCCUAUGCCCGUGUUGAGUAGCUCGGUAUCUAGUAGUAAAGAGUCGUUAGAUGGCUUGCAUCGACCCAGGAGCGGGUCUCUCUCGUCGACACGCUCGACACCGUAUUCGCCGGCUGAUGAAGCACUAGCAGCUCUGUCGCUCAAAUCAUUUUGGAGGUGGAUACUAUGCUUCUGUGUCGUAAAUUUCGACUUGGAACUGGGUCAAGCCAUGGAGUUGAUCUAUCCACCUGUAAAUCUGACUGAGUCUCAACGAAAAAACAUAUGCUUUUCCGCUUUCCCAGAUUCUAAUUCUAAAUCUCAUUUGGGUGAUACGACCUUCUGUUUUCGGAUACGGGCAUCCUCAGAAGUAGUUCGAUCAUCGUCUUCCAAUAAUCUGCGGGAUGCAACUGUCGUUCCAGGUCCUCGUGAUUCAACAGGUGCACCACCACCGCCUCCUCCUUCAAAUACUCAUGAUCACGACUCCUUUCUGCAUGGAUAUGUUUUCUUUAGACAGCAAAAAGAUCAGGAAGUUCGCCGUGGUUUCUUUCAGAAAUCACUGGUGCUUCUAACGUCCCAUCCAUGGCCUGGAUUGAUGCUUAGACUCGUUGCAGUGAUUGGUCCGACCUUCAUGGAUGCAUUGGUAGAAGACAGGAAGGCCAAAGUGCGGAAGCUCUCUGCUGCUAGAGCUUUACUCGAUACGGCGUGUCAUGAUGUAGCAAACUGGCCACCACCACCCUUCUUUCUAUCGCCACAGACAGGAUAUUCACCCACCACACUAGAGCUCCCCUUCUCUGGCACGUUACUGACCUUCUCAAUACCGCCGUCGAAUCGAUUUGUGCAGUAUUUCUCUCUCGCACCUCGCAUUCAAGCUGCAUCAUCGUCGUCGUCAUCAGCAUCAAUACCAGACACGAAAGUGGUAGAGAUUGCAUGUCCAGCUAAACUGUAUAGACUAUUUGCAUCCUCGCUGGAGAUGCUUUGGACUUGUUGGGAAUUCAUGCUGUUGGGAGAACCUAUACUGGUUGUUGCUGACAAUCCGAGGUCUUGUAGUGAAGUUGUGUGGGCGCUAGUGGAGCUUAUAAAGCCUAUUGCAUUUGGAGGAGAUUUUAGACCGUAUUUGACGAUUCAAGAUGCGGAUUUCAAGACAUUUGCUAAUCGUAGUAGAGGGCCUCCUGCAGCCACUAUUCUUGGUGUUACAAAUCCAGUCUUUAGCAAAGUAUUAGAACACUGGCCAAAUGUGAUUCGAGUCACCAAAGGACUAUCAUACAUUCAUCCACCAGAGAUACCUCCUCAGGGUAGUGACGUAGUAGGUGUUGGGCGUGGAUACCCAAUUGGCUUUAUACCGCCAAAGAAUAUGGGUAGUCCUAAAAUGAGAGCUGCCGCAACAGGGGCUGAACGGACGUCGACUGGUAUACGGCCUGAUACGAGUUAUGAGACCUUACUGGCGUCUAUGCCAGAGCUGACUAUGGAUUCAAUCACCACGAAACACAAGCCAUUUUUUAGCAAGGACAAGAAACUGAUACGGUCUUUUGCUGAAAUAGUUAUUCGUGGUCAGCCAGCUCAUGGACUCGACAACAUACUGAGGCGGCACUUUGUAGAGUUGACUGAACGUUUUCUGCAGCCUCUAAAUCGACACUUUGAAGGAUUAGUGGUAGGAUCUCCUGCCAAUAUGUCACUUUCCGCUCUCAAAUCCAAACCAGAAAUCAAGCCAUUUAGACAAGAGACCUUCCUUAAAUCGUUAGAGUCAUCACCACCACAACUGGGUCUAAAUCCACGUCGACCCACCGUAGAUUUCUAUCGACUAUUCCUUAAAUCAGCCAAUUUCGCAUCAUGGCUACGUGGUAGAAUCGCCGAAGUAAAUCGAGUAUGGAGGACGCGAUACCUCCAAGUGCUCACCGAAUCGAAUAUCGUGGAAUGGAUUGCUCAACAACGGGGAGCUGAUGUUGUUGUAAUUGACUUGUUGAUGAGAAUCAGCUCCGAGAUCGAUACGUAUGAAUCUGUUUGGGACGGGAUGGAAGAUGCUGAAUCUUUUAUGCUACGUGGGUCUGUGACGUCGCUUCGAGCCUCGAUACAGCAACGGACUAGUAAUAGUAAUAACAUUGGCAGUUCGAGUGAUCAGCCUAAACAGAAGGUCAUUGCUGGACUUAUACCGACGCCUCAGCAGUAUGAGAGGUUGAUUCAGGCCUCGCAGGAAGUGCUGGAAGCAUUGCCGGAGGAUUUGAGGAAUAAUGUGCAGAUGCAAGGCACGGUUUAA